UCUGGAAGGCGAGUCCGGCCAUCUGGGGUUGCAGAGCUGUUGCACAACGUCACAAGGACAUCUGCAGACUCACCCGGGACGUGCCAGCCCCGAGCUGCCAGCACGCCCUGGGACUCUCCCUCCGAGGGGUGCACGCAGGAGAUAAACUGCAUUCCGUUGAGUCUGCAAAAUUGAGAGGAGUUGGGGUGACUAGGAAUCGAGCCACAGGUUUACUGAAGUAAAAAUGUCCAGAAAAAUCAAUGGCGGUUCUGUGGUAGAGAUGCAAGGAGAUGAAAUGACACGGAUCAUUUGGGAAUUAAUUAAAGAAAAGCUCAUUUUUCCCUUUGUAGAAUUGGAUCUGCACAGCUAUGACUUAGGCAUAGAGAACCGAGAUGCCACCAAUGACCAGGUCACCAAGGAUGCUGCAGAAGCUAUAAAGAAGUACAACGUUGGCAUCAAGUGUGCUACUAUCACUCCCGACGAGAAGAGGGUUGAGGAGUUCAAGUUGAAGCAGAUGUGGAAAUCUCCAAAUGGCACCAUCCGAAAUAUUCUGGGUGGCACUGUCUUCCGGGAAGCUAUUAUCUGCAAAAAUAUCCCCCGACUGGUGACCAGCUGGGUUAAACCCAUCAUCAUAGGUCGUCAUGCUUAUGGGGACCAAUACAGAGCAACUGAUUUUGUUGUUCCUGGUCCUGGAAAAGUAGAAAUAUCCUACACACCAAGUGAUGGAACUCAAAAGGUGACAUAUGUGGUACAUAAUUUUGAAGACGGUGGUGGUGUCGCCAUGGGCAUGUACAACCAAGAUAAAUCAAUUGAAGAUUUUGCACACAGUUCCUUCCAAAUGGCUCUGUCUAAGGGCUGGCCUUUGUAUCUGAGCACCAAGAACACUAUUCUGAAGAAAUAUGAUGGACGUUUUAAGGACAUUUUUCAGGAGAUCUAUGACAAGCAGUACAAAUCCAAGUUUGAAGCCCAGAAGAUCUGGUAUGAGCACAGGCUCAUCGAUGACAUGGUGGCCCAGGCUAUGAAAUCCGAGGGCGGCUUCAUCUGGGCCUGUAAAAACUAUGAUGGCGAUGUGCAGUCAGACUCCGUGGCCCAAGGUUAUGGCUCUCUUGGCAUGAUGACCAGUGUGCUGAUUUGUCCAGAUGGCAAGACAGUAGAGGCAGAGGCUGCCCAUGGGACAGUGACACGUCACUACCGCAUGUACCAGAAAGGACAAGAGACAUCUACAAAUCCCAUUGCUUCCAUUUUUGCCUGGACUAGAGGGUUAGCCCACAGAGCAAAGCUUGAUAACAAUACUGAGCUUAGCUUCUUUGCCAAGACUUUGGAAGAAGUUUGCAUUGAGACCAUUGAGGCCGGCUUCAUGACUAAGGAUCUGGCUGCUUGUAUUAAAGGUUUACCCAAUGUGCAACGCUCUGACUACUUGAAUACGUUUGAGUUCAUGGACAAACUUGGAGAAAACUUGAAGAUAAAACUAGCUCAGGCCAAACUUUGAGGUUCAUGCCUGGACUUAGGAGGACAAGUGCUUUUUGGUAACUAGGUCCACAGUUUACAUUUUUUUAUAUAUAUAUAUAACACUCAAGGGUAAAGACAAAAUCAGUUUUGUAAUUUGUUUAGAAGACAGAGUUGAUCUUUUCUAUACGUUUACAGCCUUUUAUUCUUUUUCAUACUGUUAUUGCCACCUUCGUGAAUGUGGCAGGGAACUUUUUUGAAAUUGUUUUAUUUUCUAGUAGCAGCCAAGGAAUUACUCAAAUCUAUUCAUAUUCACUUUCGCUUUUCCUCUUGUCCUAAUAUCAGUGACCAAAAUCAGAAGUGCUUGAAAGGGUAAACAACAGUCACAGUAUUGUUCCCUCAAGCCUGUUUUAAGAACAAACUCCCUCACUUUCCCUGCUGUCCUUGAGCAUGGGCACUGGGAUGUGUGGGUAUGACAGACGUCUCAUGUGUGAGGUCGUACUGUCCCCUGGGCUUGCUCAUGACUGGAAUAGAGAGAAUGGACCUGACUAAGCUUGCUGAGACACUGCAGUAGCCUUUGCAACAAGCUUAUUAAAUGUGCCCAAUAUUCUAAAUCUGUCUGAGGCCACUGGAAAGUUCAAAAUCUAGAAGAAAUUUGGCCUGGAAGUGUAUGUCUCUUCCUCCUCAAGCCUAGCUUGAGUAUUGUUUUACCCUCAACAACUCAUUUCAUCCAUGUGCAAUAAUGUCCCUCUGCACCUUUUCUUUAGGACUUCUGCUGGUCCAUUUCAUUUCUUUGAUAUAAAUGUGACUUUUCAGAAGUUGGUAUUAAACACUAUUCUAGUCCUGGUCUUCAUCUAAACUGUUAAUUUUAAUUAAAAUUAAGUACUAAUGAC